UGCACCAGCGGAACCUAUUUUAACUCUUCAUUGAAUAUUUGCCUCAUUGAUGAGAAUGGAAUAUGCUCUGCAAUCGAUGAGAAAUGUACUGAAGGAGAGAUUGAGGAGAAUCCUGAUGAUCCUUGUGGAUACUUACAAUGUGUGGAUGGCAGCCUUGAGGAAGUGAACUGCACCAGCGGAACCUACUUUAACUCUUCAUUGAAUAUUUGCCUCAUUGAUGAGAAUGGAAUAUGCUCUGCAAUCGAUGAGAAAUGUACAGAAGGAGAGAUUGAGGAGAAUCCUGAUGAUCCUUGUGGAUACUUACAAUGUGUGGAUGGCAGCCUUGAGGAAUUGAACUGCACAAGCGGAACCUACUUUAACUCUUCAUUGAAUAUUUGCCUCAUUGAUGAGAAUGGAAUAUGCUCUGCAAUCGAUGAGAAAUGUACUGAAGGAGAGAUUGAGGAGAAUCCUGAUGAUCCUUGUGGAUACUUACAAUGUGUGGAUGGCAGCCUUGAGGAAGUGAACUGCACCAGCGGAACCUACUUUAACUCUUCAUUGAAUAUUUGUCUCAUCGAUGAGAAUGGAAUAUGCGAUCGAUGAGAAAUGUAUAGAAGGAGAGAUAGAGGAGAAUCCUGAUGAUCCUUGUGGAUACUUACAAUGUGCGGAUGGCAGCCUUAAAGAAGUGAACUGCACCAGCGGAACCUAUUUUAACUCUUCAUUGAAUAUUUGUCUCAUCGAUGAGAAUGGAAUAUGCACAACGAAAUGUACGGAAGGAGAGAUUGAGGAGAAUCCUGAUGAUCCUUGUGGAUACUUACAAUGUGUGGAUGGCAGCCUUAAGGAAGUGAACUGCACCAGUGGAACCUACUUUAACUCUUCAUUGAAUAUUUGUCUCAUCGAUGAGAAUGGAAUAUGCUCAACGAAAUGUACGGAAGGAGAGAUAGAGGAGAAUCCUGAUGAUCCUUGUGGAUACUUACAAUGUGCGGACGGCAGCCUUAAAGAAGUGAACUGCACCAGCGGAACCUACUUUAACUCUUCAUUGAAUAUUUGUCUCAUCGAUGAGAAUGGAAUAUGCUCAACGAAAUGUACGGAAGGAGAGAUUGAGGAGAAUCCUGAUGAUCCUUGUGGAUACUUACAAUGUGUGGAUGGCAGCCUUGAGGAAGUGAACUGCACCAGUGGAACCUACUUUAACUCUUCAUUGAAUAUUUGUCUCAUCGAUGAGAAUGGAAUAUGCUCAUUGAAAUGUACGGAAGGAGAGAUUGAGGAGAAUCCUGAUGAUCCUUGUGGAUACUUACAAUGUGUGGAUGGCAGCCUUGAGGAAGUGAACUGCACCAGCGGAACCUACUUUAACUCUUCAUUGAAUAUUUGUCUCAUCGAUGAGAAUGGAAUAUGCUCAUUGAAAUGUACGGAAGGAGAGAUAGAGGAGAAUCCUGAUGAUCCUUGUGGAUACUUACAAUGUGUGGAUGGCAGCCUUGAGGAAGUGAACUGCACCAGCGGAACCUACUUUAACUCUUCAUUGAAUAUUUGUCUCAUCGAUGAGAAUGGAAUAUGCUCAUUGAAAUGUACGGAUGGAGAGAUAGAGGAGAAUCCUGAUGAUCCUUGUGGAUACUUACAAUGUGCGGACGGCAGCCUUGAAGAAGUGAACUGCACCAGCGGAACCUACUUUAACUCUUCAUUGAAUAUUUGUCUCAUCGAUGAGAAUGGAAUAUGCUCAUUGAAAUGUACGGAAGGAGAGAUUGAGGAGAAUCCUGAUGAUCCUUGUGGAUACUUACAAUGUGUGGAUGGCAGCCUUGAGGAAGUGAACUGCACCAGCGGAACCUAUUUUAACUCUUCAUUGAAUAUUUGUCUCAUCGAUGAGAAUGGAAUAUGCUCAACGAAAUGUACGGAAGGAGAGAUAGAGGAGAAUCCUGAUGAUCCUUGUGGAUACUUACAAUGUGUGGAUGGCAGCCUUGAAGAAGUGAACUGCACCAGCGGAACCUAUUUUAACUCUUCAUUGAAUAUUUGUCUCAUCGAUGAGAAUGGAAUAUGCUCAACGAAAUGUACGGAAGGAGAGAUUGAGGAGAAUCCUGAUGAUCCUUGUGGAUACUUACAAUGUGCGGACGGCAGCCUUGAAGAAGUGAACUGCACCAGCGGAACCUAUUUUAACUCUUCAUUGAAUAUUUGUCUCAUCGAUGAGAAUGGAAUAUGCUCAUUGAAAUGUACGGAAGGCGAGAUUGAGGAGAAUCCUGAUGAUCCUUGUGGAUACUUACAAUGUGUGGAUGGCAGCCUUAAAGAAGUGAACUGCACCAGCGGAACCUACUUUAACUCCUCUUUGAAGAUUUGUCUCAUCGAUGAGAAUGGAAUAUGCUCAUUGAAAUGUACGGAAGGCGAGAUUGAGGAGAAUCCUGAUGAUUUAUGCGGGUAUUUAAUAUGUAUUAAUGGCAACCUUGAGGAAUUGAAUUGUACCAGUGGAAGUUACUUCAAUAGCAGCAUAAAGGUUUGUCUUAUUGAUGAGAACGGUAUUUGUUCUGCGAUCCCAGAAGAAUGUCGAGAUGGUGAUACCGAGGAGAAUCCAGAUGAUCUUUGUGGCUAUUUAAUAUGCAAAGACGGUAGCUUUUCUGAAGCAAACUGCACGAGUGGGAGCUACUUUGAUUCUUCAUGGAAAACGUGUAUUAUUGAUGAGAAUGGCAUUUGUUCUUCAAGAAAUCUUGUUGAAGCCUGCAUAGAAGAUGAGAUUGAAUCAGAUCCUGAAGAAUGUGCUGGAUACUUGCAGUGCAUCGAUGGGGAAAGGGUAAGUCAACUUUGUGCCUAUGGCAGUUAUUUUGAUGCAGCUUUAAAGAGCUGCGAGAUCGACUAUGAUAACGUUUGUAUAUCUAAAUCGGAGAUUUGUGAAGAAGGCGAGAGGAAGGAAGACCUAGAUGAUACUACGUGGUAUUUUGAGUGUAUCAACGGGGAUUUUGUUGAGCAAAAAUGCCCAGAAGGAAGUUACUUUGAGAGCAGUAUAAAGGGAUGCAUUAUCGAUGAGAAUGGUGUGUACAUUUCUUAGCUAGACUAACAAAAUACAGAAAUAAAAUACUAGAUAAUUAAGUUUGCCUGCAA